AUGGGCCAUUCUCGUGUCGAGGCAGAUGUGGUGUCGUAUAACUCUGCUAUGGGUGCUUGCAUGAAGGCGGGCCAGCAACACCACGUACCUGAGUUGUUCCAGCAACUUUGUGCCGUCCAAGUUCCUCCUGACCUAGUGACAUUCAACACCAUGAUGCGCGCAUGCGGUGUGCAUUGGCAGAAAGUCUGUGACCUGUUGCAAGAUCUAGCAGUCAGUAGCUUGGAGCCCGACCUUGUUACCUACAGCUCGGCGAUGAGCGUCUUCGAGAAGCAUGGGCACUGGGAGAAAGUCCUGGGGCUGCAAGAGGAGCUUUCUGUGAACGAGGUGGAGACGGAUAGGAUUCUCUGGAAUUCCAUUGUCAGCGCCUGUGCCAAGGGAAGCCAGUGGGAGCGUGCGGCAUGGGCUCUGGAGACCGUGCGGCCGGCGAGCUUGAGGGCGGACAUCAUCACCUACAAUGCUGCCAUCAACGGAUUGGGAAAGGGAGGAGAGUGGGAGCUCGCCCAUCAGAGGCUUGUGGAACUGAAGGCCAGGCAGUGCCAGGCCAACCUCGUGACUCACAAUGCAGUCAUCAACAGCAACACUGCGCGCCAGAAGUGGCAGGAGGCUUGGACAGCAUUGCGCGGCGUCGCUGAGGCAGGGAUGGAAGCAGACGUUAUCUCUUUCAACUCAGCCCUCAGUGCUGGAGGAAGUGGAGGCAGUGGUCCAUGGAAGGGGAGUUUAUCUGGAUUCGAGGACUUGCAGCGUCGCGGUUUGCGGGUCGAUGCCGUGACCAUGAGCAGCCUGGUGGGCUGCGGGCCUAGUCAGUGGCACCUUGCAGUCAGCUUCCUGUCUCUUUGUGGAAGCAUGACUUUGCAAGGCAACAUCGUUCUUUGUAAUGCGGCUUUAGGCACCUGCUCCGACAGUGGGCUGUGGCAGCAGGGGCUGAGCAUCUUGCGCUCCCUCCCGGGUGCCAAGAUCCAGCCUGACCUCAUCACCUGCAGCGCUGCGCUGAGCGCCUGCGAGGCUUCUGAGAGAUGGCAGGAGGCGCUGCUUCUCUUAGAGGAGCUCCAGCACUUGCGGCCAGAUGUGGUCGCCUACGGGGCUGCAAUCAGUGCUUGUGAGAAGGGUGGCGAAUGGCGGCAGGCGCUUUCCCUUGCCCAGGAGCUUGUUGAGGGAGCCUUGCAGGCUAACCACAUCAUCUACAAUGCCUGCAUAAGCGCCUGUGAAAAAGGCGGCGAAUGGCAACGGGCGCUGGAUUUGCUCGGGAAGUUUGAAGACACAAGAUUGAAGAGUGACAUAGUGUCGUACAAUGCCGCCAUCAGCGCGUGUGAGAACGGCGGUCAGUGGCAGCAUGCGCUGCUUUUGCUCGAUGCGGUCGGGAUCAAACGCCUGAGGCGCGACAUCAUCACAUACACUUCUGCAAUCAGUGCGUGUGAUAAGGGUGAGGAGUGGGAGAUGGCUUUGGAAAUUCUGGAUGACCUGCAAACGAGCCGUCUCCAAGCCAACAUUGUAACCUACAACUCGACGAUCAGUGCGCUUGCCAAGGGCACGGAGUGGCAACAGGCAUUGUCAACCUUCGAGAUGCUGCAGCAGCGAGCAAUGCAAGUAGACAUUGUGACAAUCAAUCUGACAAUGAGUGCUUGCGGAGCUGGAGAGCAGUGGCAGUUGGCCUUGCAGUUUCUCACGGAAGCGCAGAAUACGGUGUCUGAACAUCGCAUUUUGGCGAACAUCGUAACCUACAAUGCCGCAAUCAGUGCUUGUGAAAAGGUUGGGCACUGGCGCAUGGCAAUGUUCUUAUUCUCAGCACUGCAGAAAACGAAACAGCAGCCAGAUGUCAUCAGCUACAAUGCUACCAUCAGCGCCUGUGAGAAGACCGACCAUUGGCAGCAAGUGCUGUUGCUGUUUUCAGAGUUGCAGGCCAUGGGACAGGCGUCUGUCAUAUCCUUCGCGAACGCGCUGGGCGCCUGUGGCCGCAGCGGCCAUGCAGCGGAGUCUCCCGAGCUCCUCGGGGGUUUGGAGCGGAGCACGGCAGGGCUGAUGCCGGAACCAGCUGGGCGGCGAGAAAAGGGAGAGACCCAGCCCUGGGUCAACCUCGGCUUUCAAAUUUAA